AUGCUACGUCCUCCACUAAUCCUACAGUCAUCCACCAAUCCCACCAAUCCUACAGUCCUCCACCAAUCCAACCAAUCCUACAGUCCUCCACCAAUCCUACAGUCCUCCACCAAUCCUACAGUGUCCACCAAUCCUACAGUCCUACACCAAUCCAACCAAUCCUACAGUCCUCCACCAAUCCUCCACCACUCAACCAAUCCUACAGUCCUCCACCAAUCCUACAGUGUCCACCAAUCCUACAGUCCUUCACCAAUCCUACAGUCCUCCACCAAUCCAACCAAUCCUACAGUCCUCCACCAAUCCUCCACCACUCAACCAAUCCAACAGUCCUCCAUCAAUCCUACAGUGUCCCCCAAUCCUACAGUCCUCCACCACUCAACCAAUCCAACAGUCCUCCAUCAAUCCUACAGUGUCCCCCAAUCCUACAGUCCUUCACCAAUCCUACAGUACUCCACCAAUCCAACCAAUCCUACAGUCCUCCACCAAUACUACAGUCCUCCACCAAUCCUACAGUGUCCACCAAUCCUACUGUCCUCCACCACUCCACCAAUCCUACAGUCCUUCACUAAUCCUACAGUCCUCCUACAGUCCUCCACCAAUUCUAACGUCCCCAACCAAUCCUACAGUCCUUCACCAAUCCUACAGUCCUCCCCCAAUCCAACCAAUCCUACAGUCCUCCACCAAUCCCCCACCACUCAACCAAUCCUACAGCCCUCCACCAAUCCUACAGUGUCCACCAAUCCUCCAGUCCUUCACCAAUCCUACAGUCCUCCACCACUCCACGAAUUCUACAGUCCUCCUACAGUCCUCCACCAAUCCUACAGUCCCACACCAAUCCUAACGUCCUCCACCAAUCCUAACGUCCUCCACCAAUCCUAA